AUGACCACCACCGACGUAUUGCGUUUCGUUAGCGUCUUCGCAUCUGCUAUCCACACAGGCAGUCAGUUUAGUCUUUCGUUCGUAUCUGGGGCCGCUCUUCUCGCCUCAUCUACUGCCGACGAGGCCACCCUGCUCGCGCAGUUCCGUGUCAUUUUCCGCCGAGGCUUCGUCCUGUGCCCCCCUUUCGCCGCCAUUGCCACCCUGGCUAACCUCGGCAACGCCUACAUCAGCUGGCGAUCCAAUAAUGGCGGUGCCGGUGUGGCUCUUCAUUUCUUGCUGGCAGGAGUGUGCACGGCGAGUCUCGUCCCCUUCACGCUCAUGUUCGUCGUCCGCAGCGAAGGUCUCCUGUUGGAAAAGGCGGCCGAAAAGCCAGGAGACGGAAAGCCAAGAGACGGAAAGGACAAGGUUACUUGGUCUGUAGCACGAACAAGAGAGCUUAUCGGGGAGUGGGCUCGGCUCAACUAUGUCAGGGCUCUGUUCCCGCUGGUUGGGGCGCUCAUCUCAUACACCGCUCAUUAG